GGAAAUGUUGACCGGAGAUCCUACCAUGGUCGUAAAAUGGGAAUAAAUACAAUGGUCACCAUUGGUCUCCACUGUCAAUGUAAGGUUCCUACAGUAUAUGGAUGGAUGGAUGGAUAAAACUCGUUAUUGUUAAAGUAGUUCCAUAUCUUCUCAGUGCAUAUGCUAAAUUUUCUGGUGCCAAUCUUACAGUCAAGCCAGUGGACUGGACAUGGAGGACUGUCACAGCUACUAUUCCACAACUGCAGUAUGAGGGAUCUUCUGUAACAGAACCUACACAGAUUCUCAACUUUCUCAGGCAAAAUAGAUGCAAUGCGGAUUUUGAGCUGACCGCGAAGCAGGGAGCUGACACCAUGGCGUACAUCGCUCUCCUGGAGGAGAAACUGCGUCCUGCUUUGCUCCAUACAUUCUGGGUGGAUGCGGAGAACUACGCCAACCUGACGAGGCCUUGGUUUGCUUCCCGCUCGCCAUUCCCGCUUAACUUCUUUGUGCCAGGCCGCCAGGCUAGUGUGGCUCUCUCCAGGAUCCUCCUGACCAAAGCAGAAGCUCCGCUACAUUCAAUGACCGAGGUGGAAGGAAAGAUCUACAGUGAAGCCAAGGAGUGUCUAAAUUUGUUGUCUCACAGACUGGGGUCCUCACACUUCUUCUUUGGAAACAUGCCUACAAGUCUGGAUGCCUUUGUUUUUGGCUACCUUGCACCCCUCCAUAAAGCCAGUCUGCCCAGUGCUCAGCUCCAGCAGCACCUGAAACAGCUUCACAAUCUCUGCCAGUUCUGCACUAACAUCCUCAAAAACUACUUUUCGGAGGCAGCCUCUGGCCCUCCUCCUGCUUGCCAGGACUCGGUCGACGCAAACCUCCAGAAACUGACGCAGCUUGUUAACAAAGAGUCCAACCUUAUUGAAAAGAUGGAUGAUAACCUGCGCAGUAGCCCUCAACACCGGCCAAGCCGACCCCAUAAACCCGAAGCCAAGCCUUCAUCUCGGGCUACGGACAGGAACUUGACUCCUGCCUGAAAGCCUCACUCAAAUGUUUAUUUAUUUAUUUAUUUAUGCUCAUAUUAUUGAAGCAGCACUAAAAUGAGCAUGACUACACGAGGUGUCAUAAGUGUGCUCAGUCACUGUAUAUUUAUACUCAGAGGUUGAACAAAUGUGGCUUUAAUUGUUAUCGAAAGCGUUCUAUCAGCAUACUCAGUUUUCCAUAAGCCUCAUACUGAUAAUAAUAUUUUCAUAAUAUAUUAGAUAUAUAUCAACCGAAAAAAGAAAAACACUAAUCACAGUAAUUAGAUGCUCAUAGUCUGUUGCUAUUCUUAACACCCUCCCGCCAUAGGGAAAUUAUAUUUUGUAAUAAUCAAGUUCUGUGUAUCUGAUAAAACCGUUCCAUUGGCACUGUGCAAAAAUAGAUUUGUUUAAGAGAGCUAUUAGUUCGAUUCAUAAUUAAUUUCGUUGAACAUCUCCAAUAUUUUUUUUUUUUUUUAGUUUUCUUUUACAGCUGUCGAUAUACAAGUUUGGUUUAAAUGGUUUGCACCAAAUCAUGGCAGUUAUUCACCGUGUCUGUGUGUCACAGUCGGAAAUCACCAGGGUGAAUAUUAUAACACUUCAACAACUAAUCAAAGUUCCUCAAUUUAGGCUUUUACAUCAUUUAGCAUAGUCUUCUGAACACACUAAAACAAAUAAUUUAUAACUAAAAUAUACCGCUUAUUACAUCUUUUUCUACUCAUUAUGCCGUGCUUUAAUGCAAAUGGAUCUGUCUUGAUUUUUUUCCGUCUGCGUGCCUUUCCUUCUCUAUCCAAAUCUGAUUUCGUCACUGUGAACAAGGUUAACUUUAAAUGAAAAAUAUUUUCACAUUGUAAGCAGGCCAGAAGUGUUCAGGAGAUGCACGAAACAGUUAAAUGUAUCAUUAAUUAGUUGAACUUAAAAAAAUUAUUAAAUAAUUAAAUACUUCACCGCACCACCUGCAUGCAAUCAGGUUUUUUUUUUCUCCCCAAAUAUUUUUUCAUAAUGAAUGUUCUGACUCUGUAUACCCUGUUAAAGUGUUCAUGCUGUACUGUACAUGUCUUGUAAUUCAAGGCUGAAUUAAAUUUCUUCAGUUACUGUAUGAUGUAUUUUAAAGGACUUGUAAUAAAAAAGAAUAUAAUAAAAUAGUUUAUAAUA